AUGAACGGCGAUAGCUAUAUAACAUCCCGAGAUUCCGGUCGUCAUGGCUCCUCGAGAGAUUAUCCCUCAUCGCGUGAUGAUCGGGUUGGAGACAGAGAUAGACGGCGUUCUCGCUCCCCUGGCCACCGAGGCUCGCGUCAUUCACGUCGAGAGGGUGACAUAGACUCAUACUCCACUAGUCGCGACUACAGAGAACGUGAACGUGAAGAUAGAUACUCGGGAAGAAACAGAAGAGGUGGUGGCGAUAGGGAAUGGGAGAGAGAUCGGGGCUCUUCGCGGCGCGACUCUAGACGUGAAGACGAAGAAAGGCCCGUUCGAAGAGAAAAUCGAGACCUAUUUGAUGAUCGAAGAGCAGCCGGCAGUGGUAGUGGUGGUGGUAGUGGAGGAAGUGGUGGAGUUGGUCGACGAAAUGCAAGGCAGGAUCGCGGCGACGACGGCUUUGCCGCACAACAAGGACGGGAUCGAAGAAAGUCUGCCUCCCCCCCACCCAAAAAAAAGGAACCUACUCCCGAUUUGACUGAUGUGGUCCCAAUAUUGGAGCGAAAGAGACGUCUAACGCAAUGGGAUAUCAAACCCCCGGGAUACGAAAACGUGACAGCUGAGCAGGCAAAGCUUUCUGGUAUGUUUCCACUGCCUGGAGCUCCCCGUCAACAGCCCAUGGAUCCAAGUAAGCUACAAGCUUUUAUGGCGCAACCUAGUGGCUCUAUUACCAAUGCUGCUCUCAAGCCUUCAAACUCACGCCAAGCUAAGCGCCUACUUGUUCAUGAUGUUCCUCCGACGAUGAGUGAGGAGAGCAUUAUCAGCUUUUUUAACCUCCAGCUUAACGGUUUGAACGUGAUAGAAGGAUCUGAUCCGUGCAUCUCGGCACAAAUGUCAAAAGACAAAAGCUUUGCAUUGAUAGAGUUCAAGCAACCGACUGACGCAACUAUGGCCCUUGCCCUUGAUGGAAUCACUAUGGAGGACGAAAAUGUGAAUGGCAAAUCCUCCAAUCAGUCGAAAGGCCUUUCUAUCCGCCGACCAAAAGACUACAUAGUCCCAGCAAUAACAGAUGAAACGCCUUAUGAAUCUGGCGUUAUCUCCAACAUCGUGGUAGAUACACAGAACAAAAUUUGUAUAUCUAACAUCCCACUUUACUUGACAGAUGAUCAAGUCACUGAGCUUUUAGUAUCAUUCGGAGACCUCAAGGCAUUUGUGCUGGUAAAAGAUAGUAGCACAGAAGAAUCACGAGGAAUUGCUUUUUGUGAGUAUACAGACCCCUCAGCCACAGAUAUUGCUGUCGAGGGUCUCAAUGGGAUGGAGCUAGGCGACAAACAAUUGAGAGUUCAAAAGGCAAGUAUUGGACAUACUCAAGUAUCCGGUCUUGAAAUGGGAGUCAAUGCGAUGUCUAUGCUAGCUGGAACAACAUCUACGGGCUUAGAAGAAGGCCGUGUAUUACAGCUCCUCAAUAUGGUUACCCCCGAAGAACUAAUUGACAACGAUGAUUAUGAUGAAAUUUGUGAAGACGUCAAAGAAGAGUGUGAAAAGUUCGGCAAAGUUCUAGAUAUGAAAGUGCCAAGACCGACUGGAGGAAGUCGUCAAUCUAAUGGAGUGGGUAAAAUUUUUGUCAAAUUUGACACUUCCGAAUCAGCGGCCAAAGCCUUACGAUCACUUGCCGGAAGAAAGUUUGCUGAUCGAACGGUUGUUACUACUUAUUUCUCAGAGGAAAAUUAUGAAGUUUCAGCUUGGUAA